GCUCAAAUAUGAAACAUGAUGCUGCUGCAUGCCCUGCCCCACUACUAUAGAGAAAUUGAGGGAACUGUCCUGUCAAGAACCUUUGAGUCCAAUGAAGUACUAACUCCACUUCAAAUUCCUUCUUGUCCAACCAUCUCACAAGACAGAUAUAAAGAGUUCACGGAAUCCCUUCACUGCUGCAAGCUUCCCUGGGGAGCAGAAAGGGAGCAUGGAGGAAUUGCACUACCUGUACUGCCAGAAGACAACAGGGCAAAGGGUAAGUCUCCAUGUACAUUUGUUAAAGGACAUCAAACUUAUGGUAGUGGUGUAGACCCUUGGCCAAGAGGCCUUUUCACUGAGCAGUACUAUGAUGUCACUCAGCUUAAGUGAUCUGAUGUCCAUAUGGACCACUCCCUGGAUUUGCUUCAUAAACCACCAGAUAGUUUGGCUAAGCUACUGUGCCUGCCAUUUCCCACCUCUCAUCCCUACCAGACACACAUCUCUACGUAUGCCAUGAUCCCAAACUUCAGAUCACAUGAGGAUUUAGACACUGCGAUUGAUGCAAGCAGUCAUCAGCCUUUCCAUCCCCAUAUCCCUACCAAGGCUUUUGAUGUGAUUGUUCUGAGAAAGACCAGAGGUAAUCCAUACAGGCAUGAAGUUGUCCGUAUUCCCUCUGACUCCCAGAAGAAGGCUGUACACUGGCCGGGACAGCACACAUACUUUCAGCUUCCUAAGUUUGCUGAAGAAAAGGGUCAAAUAUGCUAUUCAAAUCCACCAAAGAUAGUGGCCCCCAACUCCACUUUUAAAGAGCUAGAAUAUAACCUCUCUCCAAGAACAACCAAUAUGCUAUGAAACACUGAAAGAGUUCUGGGCAUCACAACAUAGAGUUCAGACUUCAGAGGAAGCGGUCCCACAAGUCCCUUUAUCCUGGGUAACUAUUACAUGAAAGCAGUUGGCAGAUUAACUGGAGAACUAAGUGAAGAUGUGGAACUAAAACAGAAUUUUCUGCCUAGUCUCUCACAAGUGAGACCUCUUGAAGGGUACACUACAUGUUUACUUCAAGGUCAACAUCCCUAUGAAUCAAUUCUGCAAGAACAGUACUCCUCCAGUAUUCAGAUUCCUCUGCCUUUAUUCACACUUUCAGGAAGGCCUGAACUUGAAUCCCUUCCAAAAUCUGCAUCAUGUCAGCCUUCGUGGAGACCAGAGGAUGGGCCAAGAAAGACAGCACUGCCUGAAUGGAUACCUAGCUGUAAGGUUCCUCUCCCUAGCUGUAAGGUUCCUCAGAACCAGACAGCACUGCUGGAGCUGCAGCAUUCCUUCUGUAAGACAGCAGCACAAAAACAUCUUCAUGAUUCCAUAAGAGGAGAGACAAAAGACCUCCGAAGUAACAUUACUGAGGGGAAAAGACACAAAUUCUAUGGUUUCAAUGCUUUUUAUUUCUUUAAUUGA